GCUGUCAGUCAGCGACUCAGUCGCUUAGAUGUGACAACAGUGCGGGAGACAUGUUAAUACUUCUUUGAGUUUGCCUUAGAUGUUUAAAUUUCGUGUUCUAAUUUGGAUUAUAGUUUAGUUGCCCGAAACACGGCCGCUCGUGCAACAGAAAAAUACAGUGCCCAUGUGGACAUGCAGAGGUACUGGUGGCCAGGUUAUGAGAUGCAGCUUCUGGCAGAGCUGCAGAGACAACAAAACAACGCCCAAUUCUGUGAUACCCUGUUACAAACUGAGGGUAUCUCAGUGCCAACCCACAGUUGCAUCCUUGCAGCUCUCAGCCCUUACCUGUCUCAGAAGCUGUCAGCCUCCCCGUCUCCUCCGUCCGGCCAGAAGCAUCGGCUCCAGCUCCAGCCUGUGAAGGCCCAGACCCUGUUGAAGCUGGUUGGUCUGCUGUAUUCUGGGCAGCUGGAGGUAAAAGGAAGCGUUGAACAUGAUGACGUGUUGGCUGUAGCCCGCCAGUUUGGGAUUGCAGAUCUUGUAGAGGGGCAGAAAGAUGAGGGGAUGAAUGUGGCAGAACUCCAAGAGAAGAGGCGGAGUCUCGGGCGUUUCAGAGAGAAUGGCCGUCAAGCCGAGGAAAGCAGAUGGAGGGAUGAAAACAGGAAAAUGCAGGAUGCACAAGUUCAGGCUGAGAUGGUUGGAAGGAGGGAUACAGAUUCUCCAAUUGAAAAGAGAAGUUGUAUAUCUAUAGGAACACAGACUGUUAAAGCUGGUGAAAAGUCAGUGGGCAGUUUUAUUAUUCUGUCCGGCCAAGCUACCCCUCUGUCCCCAGAGUCUGAACUCAAAGCUCAAAGCUUGGAUUUUUCUGUCAUGUUGCAACCCCAAAGCCUCACACUUGAUAAACAGUUUUGCUCCACUUCUUGCCCAGGCAUUUAUAGUAUGGACAAGGGAGCACCAAGCGAUGGAGAGUCUCCAUUAAACCAAUCCUCUGGCUGUGUAAUAAAUCCCACAUCAACUCCAGCUUUGUUUGGUGAGACGUUGACCUUCCCCAUUUCACUUAUUGAUGACUCAGAGUCCCCAAGUCGUGAGGAGGGCAGCGGCCACCAGCAGUCAUCUGAGUCCGGGGACAGUCUACAGGCCUUGGCUGAGGAAAGAACAGAACUGGAGAAUGGAAAAAGAAAUGGCAUGACAGCUGACGACAGAGGAGAUACAGAGCAGCCAAGCCAGGCUGACAUAGAUGAGAUGCCAGGAGAAGAAAGCACAAAGUCUACAGUGAGGCAUGUUGGCACGAAGAACAUGGCCAAGAUGAAAGAGAUGCAGCAGAUGAUGGAGACCACACAGAUCUCUAUCAGGGUGAAGCUGAGGAGGAGGACUAAAGGAGAAGUGUGGGAGGUGGUGAGCAUGCGAGAUGCAGAUGAGACCUUGUCAGUUCUUGCCUCCCUGAGACAGGAUGGCUGCCACCACAAAAGGCCAGAGACAGACCUUUCAGACAUUCCUCUUCCUCCCUCCCUUGUCCAGCCAAACCCAAUACAGAAACCAGAAUGGCAUAUUCUUCAACCUGUUACCAACUCCCUCACAUCACCACUUCACCCCAACACCUCCUCUGACUCCCAGCCACCCUCUAGUGACUGCUUCACCCCAAACCAGAACGAUGGCCUCAAGGCAGCUCCAGUUCUGCAGCAUCAGGACUCUGUAGAGGAGUCUGAUGAGCAGAUAGAGAGGCUGUUGGAAGACAUCAUGAUGGGCAUCAAUAUCCUCCCCAACUUGGAGAGGGACUUCAAGAAGUCUCAUCACCUUCAACUGAGCCAUGACGGAGUACUGAAUAUUUCCCAAGACCCAGUUACACAGAACGAUGCAGGGCACAAUCAGAUGCAUGCUGCUGUCAGUGCAGCAGGGUGUGUGUUUAACCAGGAUUUGGGUUCACAAACUUGCAACUCAUCAGCAGAUACAGGUAUCCAUUGUUGUUUCACAGUUCAGAACCAGUCCAGCUGCUCAAGCCUUUCCUCUGUACUGCCAGAUGCUGCGGUAAUCCAACAACGGCAGGAGUGCUCUCCACACUAUUAUUCAUCUGUCAGAUCCAUGUGGCAGAGUGAUGAAAUGAGCCAUCAGAACAUGCCGUUAUCCAAAAGUCAAGAAUGUCCACAUCUUGACGCACCUACAACAAGAUCAGUCAUACCCUCAGCUUUCUUCUCUUCUGGGCAGAAACUACAUUAUCCAGCAUUAUGGGACCUGUCCUCACAAGACAGUCAGCACAAUCUUGAGUUUUUACCUCUGAAGAAUGGCAAUGAGACACAGUCCAUGCAUACUACUGUCCUGUCUAUACCUUGCAUGGACGAUUUGCGGCUUCCUCAAUGUCUCUCUCCAUUAGAGCCUUGCACUUCAGCGACAAAACAUCAGCCUGUCCCCAACAACCCCGUGAACCUUGGUAAUAAAGUUCAGCAACAGCCAUCUCUACAUGGGCGACCUUGGCUGACAGAAAACCCUGGAUCGCUAAAAUUUCCCCUGAGUGCCAUCACUUGCAAAGAAAAUAAAAGUAUGUCUUUACCACAGGAUACUAACUACAACUGUUUGUCAAAGCACCGGCAGGAACAUCUGGAGUUGAAUCGACAAAAUGAGGGUAUCUUGGCAGAAUCUUGUACUGUGAAAGAGGUGGAAGAGAGAGAAACGCUAUCUUCUGUUCAACCAAAUGCUGCAGAACUGAAAUCUGACCCAAGGAAGAUGAAGGAAGACAACACAGCUGGGAAUACAAUGGCACCUAAAAGGAGGACAAAACGCACCAGUCAUCCACAAGAUGCUGCCAGUUCUCUCUUGGCAUACAAACAUGUAAAAAUCGGUGAUGGAACAAAGAGUCAAAUCAACUUGAGUGUUUGUCAAGUCAGUUUAUCAAGCAACAAUGUACUUGCCAAGGAAAGAGGAAUGGCCACCAGCUCUAUGAACAUUCUAUCCAAACCAAAUCAGCAGUCACUUGUCACAGAGAGCUUGAGAGAGAAACCCCGAAUAUCUGUGGCGAAUACUGCCCAAACUCGGAUCAGAACCAGGGGUUUUUUGAAAAAAACUGAAAAGUCACCAAGUGACACAAGCCCAGAAGAUUCUUUAGUUGCAAAACCUGGGGCCUAUAGAGCUCAGACGGCAAAUAAACAAGGAGUCACAAACCAGAAACGUGGAAGACCACCAAAAACAAAACUUAAAGAUCCUAUCCCUCCGAACAACAAUCCUGCUCUCCCUGAAAAGAUGGGCUCUAAUGAAGAAAGUCAGCAGAAAAUGGACAGGAAUUUGCCAAAAGAGGAUUUAGAAAAGGGGGACAAAACAAAGCAGAAGUGCAAAAAAAGGAGGCUGAAUAGAAGCACAGAGGAGGGGGUAAUUCCACCAAAGAAGACCAUAAGCAUUGAGAGCACUGACAAGCCUGAUGCAGGUAUCAAUGACAUAAUCCCAGACGUAAGAAAACUUGGGGCAUCCAAAUGGCCACAGAUGGUCACUCUGAAGGAGUUUCAGAAGCUUAUUAAAAGGCAACACUCAAAAACAAGGAAGUUAAAAGAAAGCCAGGAAACAAAUGGAACUGUAAAAGAUGCAGAAAGUGAAGGGAUGGUGAACAGAGACAGCACAUACAAGGAAUCAGCUAAAGACAAAGAGAUGGACAUAGACAUCACUCAGCCUCAAGACCGGGUCGGGAGUGAACAGUCUCCGGUCAUUAGUGUCACAGUUGAUAAAAAUCACAAUCAAGUUUUCAGCGAAUCAACAGAUGGCACAGACAGCUCUACUAAGAAGACCAGUUUUUUGUGUGGUGGAAACCAACCAGUGUUUUCCUUUGAUGACCUGGAAGAAGUGGUGGCCAAGUUAGCAGCAGAGAGGGAGCAACCACUGAUGAAUCUUUAUGAAGGAACAGCCUGUGAUGUCAUCAACAAUGAAGGCUUGUCUCACAGUGACACUCACCUGCCUCAGUUAAACAAACCAUGGCAUCACAACUUGUACACCCGGACACCUGAGAGAACUGGUCCACCUCUGCCAGGUGCCGGUGGGAUUGUGUCAGGCUGCGAUCAAGAGGAAGAGGAGGAAGUGGAGGUGGACGUUCUGCUUUACUCCCCAGUCAAAGUGCCUCAGACCGGGGAGCGUGAGGAUGGUCUCAUCAACACAGAGAUAACUCUAGAUGAAGACGAGGAGGAAGAUGUGAAUGAGAUCGAUGUGACGGGAUGAGGCUGAAUAACCUUUGUAUAUGUGCAUAGUUUUAGAAUAUAUUGUGUGUCUAGUUCAGCACUUUUGGUGUGCCAAACCUAAUGUUCUCUCUGUUCUGGUUUUAUUUAUGUUCACAGAGAUGUGAGGCAAUGUAUAAUAGAUUUUUACAUCCUUCCUUUUCUGUUACUUUUCAUCAUCAGUCAGUGUCUAGCAGUCAUAAGCUCUGUACAUUUAAAAAUCACAGGUUGAUUGCAUUCAUUUAGUUCAAUAUACAAGGUUGGAAUGGUUGUUUAAUUUUCAUUAAUGAUAUGAAAAGGCAUUGAUACAAGUCUGAAAGGAAUCAUUAAUGUUUACAUUUAAUGUUUGUCAGUUUUAUUCAUUUUACAUUCUGAGUGAAAUUUGAAUUGUCAGACUGAUUAAAGUAGAAAGCACUUCUGUAAGUAACUACUGUAAAGAAUAUUUUAUUUUGAGCCUGUUUGUGUAAAGUGCAUGGCGUUUUAUGUAAAUGAGACUACAUAAUUAUGGUUUAUUAAAGAAACAG